AUGGACGAGUCGUCGUUGCUGGACCUGCUGGAAUGCUCCGUGUGCCUGGAGCGCCUGGACACCACGGCCAAGGUGUUGCCCUGCCAGCACACUUUCUGCCGUCGCUGCCUGGAGAGCAUCGUGUGCUCGCGCCACGAGCUGCGCUGCCCGGAGUGCCGCAUCCUGGUGGGCUGCGGUGUGGACGAACUGCCCGCCAACAUCUUGCUGCCAGCCACCGCCAGUCUGCGGGACCUGACGACCAGCAGGAGCGCGCCGGUGGCUAAGAACCUGUCGCAGCUCCCCUGUGGCAAGGCCCUCUACAGCUACGAGGGGAAGGAGCCUGGCGACCUGCGGUGGACGAGCACUGGUACCACGGCGAGCUGCACGGCGCGCACGGCUUCCUGCCGGCCAGCUACGUGCAGUGCAUCCGGCCGCUGCCGCCCGUCCCGCCCCAGGGCAAAGCACUUUAUGAUUUCGAGCUGAAGGACAAGGACCAAGACAAGGACUGUCUGACCUUCACCAAGGAUGAGGUCCUGACCGUGCUCAGGAGAGUGGACGACAACUGGGCGGAAGGCGCGCUGGGGGACAAGGUCGGCAUCUUCCCCCUGCUGUACGUGGAGCUCAACGACUCCGCGAAGCAGCUCAUCGAGAUGGACAAGCUGUGCCCUGUCGCUGUGUCCGCCUGCGACGUCGCCUUGCCCUUGGACCCCGGCGCGGUGGCCAGCGUGGCCCCGGCUCCCACUUUAAGCAGCUCCGGGGCAGUCAGUGCCUUUCAGCGGAGAGCGGACGGCAAGAAGAACACCAAGAAACGCCACUCCUUCACCUCGCUCAGCGUGACGCACAAGUCCACACAGGCGGCCAGCCACAGGGUCACUCUUACAGCUCUGGACCUGCUGAAAGCCAGGACACCAGCCGUGGGCCAACCUGGGGAAAUGCCAGGAAGCCAGCUGCGGAGACGGCCCAUCUUUUCCAAGAUCGCAGUGAACUCAAAUAUCUACAUGGAGUCAUCUCCAAACAUGGCUGAGCUUGACUUCCUGGGCCGCCAGGAGCAGAGCUUUGGUGAGGUCGCAGUCACGUGUCCUGUGCGAUUCUGGCCCGUGCUGGUGCUGGAGAUGCCAGGGCAGGUGGGCCGGGUCUCCACCAUGGAGGAGCAGGAGCUGCAGGCAGCCCGCGCAGCCAGGCCGGCCAGAGCCGCGUUCCCUUCACAGGCUGCUCAGUGCCAUGCAUGUGCCCGUCGGGGCCACCGGGCAGGCGUGAAGCGCACAGCCUGGCUGCACCGCCAAGGCCCUGCCCAGGUCCCAGCCCAGCCCCGCUCCUCGGCUGUCAGCCGGCGCUUGGCCCCGCUCCUCGGCUGUCAGCAGUGGCUGCUGUGCACCCAGCCCCGCCUGCUCCAGACUGAGCACCGUCCGAUGGGAGGCUCGGAAGGACCAGGCUGCUGUCUGCAGAAGGAGACCUCAAAGGAGAAGCAGCCCGUGGACAGCAGUGCAGGAGGGGCAGCCGUGGACGGCAGUGCAGGAGGGACAGCCCGUGGACGGCAGUGGCUUUGGCGGCUGCACAGGAGGAUGAUGGGAGAGAUGAGAGGCGCCCCUCCUCAUCCCAUCUCCCUCCACACUGGCCGUUACCCCCAGCCAUCAUCUGUCCAUAGCGUGGACCCCGAGGAAAGCGUGUCUGUAGAACUGUCUGUUCUUCCACUGGCGCGGGAAGUCGCGGUGGCCGUGGGACCCGCACUCUGUUACCGCAAGUGUCUAUCUACUUCCGGCAAGGUGCCAGAGACCUUUGCCCACCUGAGGAUGCUCCUGCUGACCUGCACCAGCUCCUGCUCCCCAACUGUCCCUGCCAAGUCCCAGCAGCUGUCCCCUGCUCACCUGGCCCCAAUUUCUGCUGGGACUCCGUCCUGCCCCUUGCUGGGCUCCCUCGAGGACUCCUCCGUGGGCGGACCAGCCCCUACGGCCAUGCCGAGAGCUGCUGCAGUGGCCGGAGAACAGGGCACGUCUCCCAAAGUCCAGCUGCCCCUCAACGUGUACCUGGCGCUCUACGCCUACAAGCCCCAGAAGAGCGACGAGCUGGAGCUGCGCAAGGGCGAGAUGUACCGCGUGCUGGAGAAGUGCCAGGACGGCUGGUUCAAGGGCGCGUCCCUGAGGACCGGCGUGUCGGGGGUGUUCCCCGGGAACUACGUGACGCCCGUCUCCAGGGCCCCCGUAGGCGGGGCUGGGCCGUCCCGGAGUAACGCAGUCGGAGGGUCUCCACUGGCCAAGGGGAUGGCCACGACCAUGCAUCCUGGUGGUGGAAGCCUGAGCAGCCCAGCCACGGCCACCAGGCCGGCCCUGCCCAUCACCACGCCCCAGGCCCACGCCCAGCACCCCACUGCCUCUCCGCCAGCAGGCAGCUGUCUACGGCACCCGGCCCAGCCGGCCGCCAGCCAGGCCCGGAGCUCCACACCAGCAGCCGCCCACCCCUCCACCCCGGCCCAAGACCGACCGACCGCCACCGUGUCGCCCCUGCGCACUCAGAACUCUCCAUCCCGCCUGCCUGCCGCCAGCCUCAGGCCGCACUCCACGGUGUCCCCACAGCAGGCCCACCAGCCCCCGCUGCAGGCGUGUACCCGGCCAGCCAUCCCCCUCUCAUCUGCAGCUUCAGCCAUCACACCACCCAACGUCAGCGCCGCCAACCUGGGCGGAGAGGCUGGAGGGGGCCCUGCCGGCAGCCUGCCCACGUCCAGCCCCACCAGCACGGGGUGCAAACCGGAUGAGAAGAAAAAUGAGAAGAAGGAGAAGAAGAGCGGCCUGCUGAAACUUCUGGCCGGGGCAUCUGCCAGGAAGAAGUCGCGGUCCCCGCCAUCUGUCUCUCCCACUCACGACCCCCAAGUGGCCACGGACGCUUUGCUCCAGGGUGCAGUGGGCCCCGAAAUAUGCUCGCUGUCCAUCCACGGCAGGGCGGGGUCCUGCCCCAUAGAGAGCGAGCUGCAGGGGGCCGUGGGGCUGGAGCCGCUGCACAGGAAGGCGGGCUCCCUGGACCUCAACUUCUCCUUGUCCCCUUCCCGGCAAGCACCCCUCUCCAUGGCUGCCAUCCGGCCAGAGCCCAAGCCGCUGCCCAGAGAGAGGUACCGCGUGGUGGUCUCGUACCCUCCCCAGAGUGAGGCGGAGAUCGAGCUCAAGGAGGGCGACAUCGUCUUUGUGCACAAGAAGCGGGAAGACGGCUGGUACAAGGGGACCCUGCAGCGCACCGGCCGCACCGGUCUCUUCCCGGGCAGCUUCGUAGAGAGCUUCUGAGACUGUGCUCUCGCGCCUGCUCACGAGGACAAAGCCUCCCUGGGUGCCCCCUGGCAUGAGGAGAGGGAGCCGUGAGUGCCCCGAGGGUCCCAGGUCCCCCAGGUGCCUGGCAGGGGACACCCUGGACCAAGAGGGGGCUGGGGGCUGUGGAUGUGGCUUCUGCCUUCGCCCGACACCCCACACGGGCACCUGAGGUGGCUCCCGCGUGCCCACCCUCUGUGUACACUGCCCAGGAACACCCUGUGAAGACACCAUGCAGGCAGAGCCGUGGCCGUGGCCUGCAGCCGGCUGCAGCCCUCUUGCCACCCCUGUAAGCCUGGACAUCGCAGAGGAGCGGCUGGGCUGGCGGGCAGGGAGCCAGGGCGUUGGAGGAAGCAUUUCCAGGCAGCCUGGCUCCUGUGGGGCCCACCUUCCCCGUCACCUCUCUAGUUACCUCAGUCAUUGCCACCUGGCUGCUCAGCGAGGCUGCUCCGUGGUCCAGGGACCUCACCUGGCCUGGGGCCCUCGGGCAGCCACCGCACAGCUCCCGCGGCCACCAGAGCAGCCCGCGUGGCUCCGUCCCCUGCUGGGGCUCUACACGCACUUUGGGCCUGGCCGCUGUCACUUGGCAUCGCCUCCUUCUUACCAUCUUUUUAACGUAAAGCCGUUAGACCUUACAUAUUUCCAACGGUCAGGCGUUGCCUGUCUUCAUACAUCUGGUGCUGCCUUUUUGUAAAACUAGUAAUGACUUGGUUGAGCUUGAAAGAAAACGUCUGAGUCGACAUCAAAGGGGCUGAGCUUUGAUAUUUGCCAUAUGAAACUGGGCGAGCGCCGAAAGGCCAGCCGGGGCAGCCCAGAGCAGAGCGUGCGUGCCUGGCGGGAGUUUGGAAGCAGCCCGUUUUCUUUCAGCCCUUACCAGAACCGCAUGCUCUGUCUAGACAGAGAGAGUGAUCGUCCCAGCGCUGGAGGCGUUCGGAGGAAGGGCCACUCUAAUUGCGCUUUGGUGUGGCGGUGGAGAGGACUCCCAGGGUGACCCCAGCCUAGGAAGCCAGAAUCGGCCUUUCAUUGCUUCAGACAGAACGACCGCAAUUAGUGUUCUCGAAAUAGGAUUUCUCGCCAUCUAACUGUGCAGUGUUGACCACAGUUCAGAUCGCCACCCUGCAAAGGUUAUUUUUCUUCUUUUUAAAAACUAAAUCAGCGCUCCCACGUCAGGCCUAGAGACCGAGGUGCACACAGAGCAGCGGGUGGUGCACUGCUGUGGGCUCGCAGGGUCCUGGGUGGGCAGGGACAGGAGGGAGGGGUGGCUUUGUCCAGGGGCCGGCCCCUGUGUAGGCUUGACAGAGAGCAGGCGUGAAGGACAGCUCGCUUCCCACGAAAACCACCUAGGGGGCCUCGGCACGAGAUGUGUGCUUGAGACCCACGCCCUCGGGUACACCCU